AUGAACUCCAGAGGCCUUGGGUCACAGCUGAAGGAUAGGAUUCCAAUUAUGGAGCUCUCAGCCAGUGGGCCUUUUGAGAGUCAUGAUCUUCUCCGGAAAGGGUUUUCUUGUGUGAGACAUGAACUUUUGCCCAGUCACCCUCUUGAAUUAUCAGAAAAAAAAAUCCAGUGCAACCAGGACAAGAUGUACUUUUUCACCCCAAGGAGCAUCCAGGUUCUCUUUGCACCCCUGAAGUUACAGAUGGAGUUCAAGGCAGUGUGGCAGCUUCAGCAGCUUCCCUUUCUUCCGAGCUCAAACCUCUCACUGGAUAUUUUGAGGGGCAACAAGGAGACCAUUGGUUUUGAGGACAUCCUUAAUGAUUUACCACAAAGUGAACUGAUAGGCGAGCCACACAUGAUAGCGGACUAUAACCUGGGCUUGCUGUAA